AUGACUGGACAGUGCAACGGACUACCUAAAGCCCUUGAAACCCGAUGCAUAGACAUCUGUGCAGUGCAAGAAACAUGGUGGAGUGGAAACAAAUUGUAUGACACUGGAUGCAGUUACAAGCUGAUGUAUAAGGGCACACGCGGAACCACUAGUGGCAUUGGCAUUGUAGUGUCAUCCAAGUUUGAUGGUAAUAUCUCUGAAGUGCAAAGAUAUGAUGAUCGCCUGAUGAAGAUUGUGUACAUCACAGAUGGCAGAAAAAUCCACAUUUUCAGUGCCUACACUCCAAAAACUGGCCAAGCAACUUCCAUCAAGGAUGCCUUUUGGAGGAUCCUUGAUGCAAAGACUGCUGAAGUGCUCCCAGAAGAUUACAUCAUCAUAGCUGGUGAUCUGAAUGGGCACAUAGGGUGCAGAAAGGAAGAACAUACUGCUCACGGUGGGUAUGGAUUCAGAGAAAAGAAUGACAACGGUCAGCGUAUCCUCGAUUUCUCAGAAGCUCAUAACCUGGCAAUUGCGAACACAUGCUUCAAAAAGCGUGACACAUCUAAUCACGUAUUACAGUGGCACUAA